GUUUAGACUGUGCUGUCUGCAGGACCUCCUUCAUGUAUGCAGAUGAAACCGAAACUCUUACUUUACAAUGAAACAUCCUCUUCACAGCGUGGUGUUUUGCACCAGGCUGCGCCACUUCAUCACUGGCUUUGAGUGAAUUAUCAGGGCAAUUAUUCAGAGGCGGUGUUUCACUGUGUCUUUAAAGACAUGCAGAGGGGAGCCUGUACACUAAAGAGCGGAGGGGGCUGCUGUGCGUCAGUUUAUAGGUGUCUGCCUGUCGCAGCGGAUUGCUUUUUUUUACAUUAAGACGAGCGCGUCCACGCUCCAGCGCGGAGAUACCACGCAAUUUGAAGGCGCACUGACACGCAGACUGAACCGAGUCCAGUCAGAUCCUCAUCAGACCGCGUAUACAUGGAUGGACAGAGGCGCACUACAAUCCGAAUGAACUUGUCAGCGAGAAAAUUCUGGAUGUAAUGGGGAAUACGACACCUAAACCCUUAAUAGAUGCAACUCUGCAACCCCGCCCUGUGGCCAGCCGGCAAUACUACACCAUGCCUCACAAUGGGGCCGGUGUGGAGAGGAGAACGUCUGCUCCUCCGGUCAGCAUCAACGUGGAGUCACCGCGCUUCCACCCCCACGCCAAAGGCAAGAACAUCAGGCUGGAUGGGCAGCUUCGCCGAGCCACGCGCAAAAACAGCUUCUGCAAUGGCAUCACAUUCAGCCACCGGCCUGUCCACCUCUAUGAGAAGGUGCGUCUUCGUCUGACUGGUGUGCACACGGGCUGGAGCGGAGCGCUGCGCUUUGGCUUCACCAGUCUGGACCCCAGUGAACUGGUUUCCACCGACAUCCCCAAGUACGCGUGCCCGGACCUGGUGACGCGCCCCGGCUACUGGGCCAAAGCUCUGCCCGAGAGGCUGGCCUUGAAGGACACCGUGCUGUCAUUCUGGGCCGAUCGCCACGGAAGAGUUUUCUACAGCAUCAAUGAAGGAGAGCCCAUCCUCUUCCACUGUGGGCUCAGCAUUGGCUGUCCACUCUGGGCCAUCAUAGAUAUCUAUGGCAUCACUCAGGAGGUCACGCUGCUCGAAAGCACGUUUGCUGAGAGCGUAGGCUCCAGCUGCCUGAGUGCGGCCCGCCUGAGUGCCUACCUGCCCCAGAGUAACCACGACUCGGCCAAUUACAGCAACAAUCAGCUGGAGAACAACCAGACCGCUGCUGCCAAGAUGGCCAACCUCCAGCUCAAUAACUACACUCAGCUCAUCCCCUGCUGCUCCUCCUCCACCUCUUCGUCUUCCACACCGUCUUCGUCUGCUACCACUGGAUUCAACGUCCCGAGGAUGGUGCGGGGCCUCCCGUCCCCGCUGGACAAUGACUUGCACUUUCACCCAAUCCGUGGCACUGAUGUAAUACUCUCUGCUGACCGCUCAGCUGCCUGCAUCCACUUUCUGGACAGCAGCCGGACUCUGGUGUUCAGUGACCGGCCUCUGCAUGUGGGUGAGACUUUGUACGUGGAGGUUGGCCACCUGGGCCUGCCCUACUUUGGAGCACUGCUGUUCGGUUUAACAUCCUGUGAUCCAGCGACUCUACACGCCGGGGACCUGCCAGCAGACCCGGAAGUUCUCUUGGACCGUAAAGAGUACUGGGUGGUGCACCGGGACUUUCCUAUGCCUUGCUCUGGAGACGUGCUCAGCUUUAGUCUGCUGCCCAGUGGGGAGGUGCACCACGGUGUUAACGGAGUGGGACGUGGCAGGUUGCUCUGUGUGGACUCCUCUCAAGUCCUGUGGGCCUUUUUCACCCUGCAUGGGGCUGUCAACAGACUCAGGAUACUGGGUAGGCUGGGAACUCUACAGUCCAGUCCUCCCCCAACGUCCCCCAGCACAAGUUCUCAGAGCAGCAGUCCAGAUGACAGUGACUCAGACCUGGCGUUCAGUGUCAACCGGUCCUCUUCCGCCUCGGAAUCCUCUCUGGUAACUGCUCCCAGUUCUCCCCUCAGUCCUCCCACCUCUCCCAGUCUCUCUGCCUCAGAGCUGCCCUCUGCUGGGAAAAACGGGGAGUGCUCCAUUUGCUUCGACCAGGAGGUGGACACCGUCAUCUACACCUGUGGACACAUGUGCCUGUGCAACGACUGCGGGCUGAAGCUGAAGAGACAGAUCAACGCCUGCUGUCCGAUAUGCAGGAGGCCCAUCAAAGACGUCAUCAAGACGUACCGGCCGUGACAGUUCACUACGUUCAAACAAGGAGCUGUGACUUCCAUCACUAGACGCCGCCAGUGUUUCCUUCUCAGGCAUCGUUGACGACAGAACUCAACCCCAACAUACUGAGAUUAACCAGGAUAUAACUGUGCCUAUAUAUCCAUUCUGUAUGGUAAAAAUCAUAUCUGGAGAUGGACUUGGCUCUGCAUAUGCUUCACCGCAUCAAAGCACACAAGCCUCUAUAUUUUGGCUGAAGAAGAAAGGAGGCGGAGAGAUGAAUCAUGUGCUGACAUUUUGUAUUCCUCAUUUGAUGACUCUUAUUUGCUAAGCAGAAAAGCCUGUUGUGAAUAUUACUGUCCUCGCCGCCAUCCUAGAUAUAAAUAGUGUAUGUGUGCUUCAGCAGAACAUGUAGACCCUAAGUCUUUGACCCCUAGUGCCUUAGAUUUGUCACGUUGUGUGUGUCCAAGUAAUUAUGCUGACAACCUUAGCCAUAUUUCCGUGUACAGUACCAAAUAUUUGUGAUGAAGAAAAAAGAAUAAAGGCACACGCGUGUGAGACUGACGUAAUGCAAUAAAGUGAGUGCUCUAGUAAGUGGAAAGCUGUAGUUCAUGUACGUGAAUGUAUAGUGUCUUCUGUGGGUUGGGUUUGGAAAAGCAUAAAAUGAAGAAUCUGGGGUUUUGCACAAUGAGAGAUAAAUAAACGUGGACUAUGUGUGAUUAAAA